AGCAGUAGUAAUCAUUCCAGUGACAGUAUAAUCGGUGUAGUUAGUGUUAAUUUACAAAAAAACAAUGUCCAGCAGCGAAGAUGAAUUGAUUAUCUGUGUUGCUGCAGCUACCAUAGUAUGUGAAGAAAGCAGAAAACAUCAACGAAGGUGGUGGAUGCGAGCAAUUUUCAAAGAACGUGCACGAGCUCCCCUAUUGGAUCAAUUACAAAUGGAAAAUGGAAGUGGAUUUAGGAAUUUUUCUCGAAUGACACGAAGUGACUUUGAAUUUUUGACAAAUUCAAUUGGAGCGAAAAUAGCUCGGAAAGAUACAUUUUUUCGUCAAAGUAUUUCAAUAACCGAUCGACUAUUGAUUACUUUAAGAUUUUUAGCCACCAGAGAUUCUUUCCAAUCCUUAUCAUAUAUGUUUCGAGUGUCGAAACAAUGCAUAUCACUAAUUGUGCCGGAUGUAUGUGAAGCACUCAUCGAUGCCCUAAAAGAUGUUGUGAAGGAAAAAACUAAUUUUCCGCGUUGCGUCAGUGCUAUCGACGGAAAACAUAUUAUUUUGCAAGCACCUAUGAAUAGCGGCAGCAAAUUUUACAAUUACAAGGGCACAUUUAGUGUAGGAAAUAUCCUGGAUACCGAUGGUACACAUAAUGUUAUGGAAGCGUUCAGACGGCGAUUCUCGCGAGAUACAGUAUCGCGAUACUGA